AUGCCGCCUCGAACGAACAACAAAAGCAUUCCCGUCCCUCGCGACCAAGCGCGUGGAUCAGCACGAGGAGGCGAAAACCAACAACAAGCUGCAUGGCGAAGCAGCUUGGAUCUCGUCUGGUCCUAUUCCCGCUCCCAAGCUUUCUACGGCAACAACAUUGCAACUUCUCCCUCCUUCGUCGAGAGUCGUUGGGCAGGGCAAGACCUAGAAGAAGGAUCCGAAAGCAUCGACCAAGAUGAUCAGGAGUAUAUCUCGGGCGAUGAGAGUGAAAAUUACUAUGCCAGCACGAGUCAUUCUCGUUCGGGGACGGAUGCGGAUGCGGAUACGGAUACGGAUGCGGAUGCGGAUACGGAUACGGAUACGGAUACGGCCUCGAUGGCGAGUGAUGCGAGGUUUGGGCCGUCGGAUGGGUUUGAGUGGGAGGGGGAAGCGUUGCCGCCGAAUGCUACGCAGAGGACACGGAGAAGGUCAAAGGCGAGAGAUAGGAGGUUGGAGCGAUUGGAGAGUGCGGAUGAUGAGCAUGAGAGAAGUAGAAGUAGGAGUACAAGUCCAAAGCGGCUCGCGGGGCCGCGGGAGAGAGCGUCGAAUAGCAAGCUCAAUCCAAAUCGCCUCUCGUCGACAGCAUCUGCUACCUCUGCUACUGGCCGGGGUGGCGACGUGCUUCGUGAUCCUUUUGCAGUAGAUGGCGACGGCGAUGCACCACAGCUCGGCAAAGAUUCCGAAGCUACACCGUUGCUCGGUCGCAAUCGCAGCUCAGAUGCCAACUUGGCGUCUAGACGCAAGUCCAGCAAUUACGCUGCACUCCACCGCCCCUCCGAAUCAGGCGCCAUCUCCAAUCGAUCUGAAUCCAGCUACCAAGGGCAUGAGCUUGGCAACAGCACCUUACUCCAAUCCUGGUUCAACACAGUCAACGCCCUUGUCGGUGUCGGCAUUCUCGCUCUCCCCCUCGCUUUCUCCUACGCAGGCUGGAUUGGCGGCGCAGUCCUCUUCCUCGUCUGCGGCCUACUCACCAACUACACCGGCAAAGUACUCGCCAAGAUCAUGGCCAAAGAACCUUCCCUCCGCACCUACGCAGAUAUUGGAAGCUACGCAUUCGGCCCUUCCGCACGAAUCCUCAUCAGUCUUUUCUUCUGUCUCGAACUCUGGGCAGUUUCCGUCGCCCUUAUCAUCCUUUUUGGGGAUUCAAUGUCGGCUAUCUUUCCGCAUAUUGCACCUACAGCAUUCAAGUUGCUCGGCUACUGCAUCGUCCUCCCCUCCGUUUUCCUGCCGCUCAAGUUCCUCUCGCCGAUCUCAGUGAUCGGGAUCGUGUCCACCUUCACGCUCGUCGUCGUUGUCGUUUCGGAUGGGUUGAUCAAGAAAGAAGCUCCUGGCAGUCUAUCGGAUAUCGGCCCCACAACCCUUGGACCGCGCUGGGAACGGUUACCCCUAAGCUUCGGCUUGAUCAUGUCUGGCUUCUCUUCCCACCCUAUCAUCCCUUCGUUGGUGAGGGAUAUGAAAGAUCCGACCAAGUUCCCGCGCAUGCUCAACCUCGCCUAUGUCGCUGCCACGGUGCUGUAUCUCGGAAUGGGAAUGGUAGGAUAUGCGAUGUUCGGUACAACAGUAUCAGAUGAGAUCACAAAGGAUCUAGCAAGAACACCAGGUUUCCCCGUAUGGUUGAACAGUAUUGCGAUCUGGUUGAUCGUGAUUAAUCCACUGUCCAAGUUUGCCUUGGCGACAAGACCGAUCCAGACGACAUUUGAGAUUUUGUUGGGGAUAGAUGAUAUGACCGCAGCAAGAAUGCAAAGUCGAAAUAGAGGGAGGAGCAGAAGUAGUGCUAGGUCUUUGAACAAGGCCAAUUGUACGCAGAGUGAUGCGGAGCAGGUGGAAGUGACGACGGAAGCAACGAACAAUACUCUUUCUGUUUCGCCCACGCAGAGGGAUUCGUUCGUCGCCCCCCAACCUCAUCAUCAUCACCAACAUCAGGCUGCGGAGGAUGGUAACAUCACUCCAGACCCUUCAGCAGGAGCAGGCGGGGAAGAAAAUCCACUAGCAGGCUCCGCAGUCUCUCUACGCGCCGCCGAGUUCGCACAGAAACUAUCUACUCGUACACGUCGAAACCUUCAAAUCGCACUCAAAAUCACCCUCACAGCUCUCAUUGCCUCCACCGCGGUCGUCCUACCUGGGUUCGAGAAAGUGAUGGCUUUCCUGGGCGCAUUUCUAGCAUUCGCAACAUGCGUGUUCGGACCACUACUGGCGAACCUAAAGCUAUUCGGUGGAGAGAUGAGAUGGUGGAGGAUCGCGAUGGAUGUGGUGAUUUUGGCGAUGUCGGCACUUAUCGCUGCUACGGGGACCGUUUGGGCUUUUCUCUAG